CUGGUACCUCUUACCUACCUGUGCUUACCCAUCGGCAAAGCACCCGGCCGAUGUACCUACCUACCUACCCAAGUACCUACGUCCCUAUUCGCAACAGUACCUAACCGUAGAGGAAUACCAGAGGUAGUGGACGUUAGGUACCUAACUUCCCCACCCGCCUAUGCGCUAGGUACCUAAGGUAUACAUGGGGGGGUUCUGAUCGCGCCACACGGGGACUCGGACGGGCGUCGACCGAGUCGAUCGAGUCCUCCGGCUCCGACUCAGAAAUAUCUCGAAAGCAUACCUACAAUUUUCCAAGCGGGCCGCGUGGCACGCAACCGUCGCAACAGUCACAUGUUACCAUAAUAUUGAAUCUUAUAAUAUUGAAUGCAUACACAUAUCAUGAAAUAUAUAUACUAAUAACAGACAUAUACAUACCUAUAUAUAUACACCUAUAUACAUAUCCAUCAGCAUUGCUACGAUACGCCGAGACCCGAGAAUCCCAUGGCUACGACCUCGGAGCUCAUCUUCCCGCCGCAGGCGAACCACAACUUCUCGCGCGUCCUCGGCGACCUCAAGCGGUCCAACCUCUCCGUCGCGAACCGCCUGCGCUCGAUCCGGGAGGACGCCGACUUCGUGGCCGAGGCGGCGGCCGCCUUCGCGCGCCCGCUCGUCGCCAACGAGCGCUGCGGCAGCUGGUACGUCGCGCCGGCCGCCAGGGCCGCGUCCGCCUACUUCAAGAGCACCGACGGCCACGCCGGCCAGUGGCGCUUCAGCACCCGCCGCCUCAACCUCCACCUCCUCGACCUCAUCGGCCGCUGCGACGGCUGCCUCGUCGUCGACUCCACCCGCCGCGGCAAGCGCAUGCCCGACGCCCUCAGCAAGACCGUGCCCGUCUGGUGCUGCGUCCUCAACCGCGCCCUGUUCCCGGACGCGGGCGACGCCGCCGCCGCCCACGCCCUCUACACGCCGCCGUCCGCCGUCGCCCCGUCCGAGCACGCCCAGAUCGAGGCCCGGCUGCCCGAGCACGUCGCCGCGUUCCGCGCCCUCGGCCUCGACGCCGCGGCCUUGCGCCGGCGCCUGCGCAAGCCCCUGCGCCCCCUGUGGGUCACGCCCGAGUCGCCGCUCGCGCCGGCCGGCGAGGUGUUCGACGCCUUCCACCCCGUCGUGUGCUGCACCAGCUCGCGCCGCGUCCCCGGCGCCGAGAUGAGCGAGCGCGGCUACAUCCAGGGCGCCGCCGACGACACCGAGAACUGGGCCCUCGGCCUCACCCCGCCCGUCUUCUGGCGCCACCAGCAGCUCCUCCUCGCGACGCCCGACCCGGAACUGCCCGGUCUCGUGCGCGCGCUGGUCGCCGCCCACGCUGCCGACGCGAGCGUGCCGUCCCCUAAGCAGGUCUCACGGCGCCUGUUCGUCGCCUGCUUGCCGCUUGCUGGCCCGUCGCCGCCGCCGUCGACCUGCGUCGUCGCCCUGCGCCCCGAGGCCACCGACCCCAGCUCGUGGGUUAAGAGCCCGCGGCUGAUAGAGGUGGGCGUGGGCAAGCCUAACAAGAUCGCUAGCCGUAAUCUGCGCGUGGCCCUGCCCAGCAUCGGCGACUUCGUGCGGCGCUUCCUCGAGCCCGCGUCACCGACGGCAGAAGGUCCUGAUGCUGGGGAGGACCUAGGCGCGGGCGCGGGCGCGGGCGCGCUAGAACCCCGGGUCCUGGUCGCCUGCGAGACCGGAAAAGACCUGUCGGUCGGCGUCGCGCUCGCGCUCCUGUGCCAGAACUUCGACGGCGAAGGCAACUACUGCCCCCGCCCGCCCUCGACCGGCUACACUAAGAGUGACAUCAGGGUCCAGCUCAGCCGUAUCAUGACGACUUUCCCGGAUGCGAAUCCGAGCAGGACGACGCUGCAGAGCGUCAAUAGCUUCCUCAUGGGCUAGAUCACUAUAUUAUUUGCUAUGUCUUGCGAAUCGCCGGCGGCUUGCGUGCUGCACCUUACCGCAGUCCACACUCCGUAUGUAUCGCGACAUGCACGAGUUGCAUAUUGGCGUGCGCAAUGAGAGCGCGUUUCGCCGACGUAGGCACCAAUUUUCUGCCUGCCUACUACCUAAUAACAGAUGGCGAGUCUGCAAAGCAAUUCGCAUGAUAUGUUACUACGCAGCUUUCGGGUCCGAAUUUCAAUCUCUAAUCAGGAAAUGUUAGGUACUGUAUUGAAGUGGUUUC